AUGCGUUUUACCCAGAUUGUGGCAGCCGCCCUAUUCCUGGCUGCCACGGAAGCUACUGUGGCUCCCAUAGACAGAGCUCGCAAAGUCCUAGGGAGCCAGCAUGUUUUUGACAAACGUGAUACCACCAGCGGGCCCCCAAGGGCACCCAGGCAUCUGACUAGCAAAAAUAAGAAAUUCUAUGUUGAACCAACCAGCAUUCCUAAUGUCCCUUUUGACAUUGGAGAGUCGUACGCUGGAAACCUCGCCAAUACUCCAGCUGGAAACUCCAGCUUGUUCUUCUGGUACUUCCCAUCAGAGAACCCUGAUGCUAAGAACGAAAUCACUAUUUGGCUUAACGGUGGCCCCGGCUGUAGCUCCAUGAUUGGACUCCUUCAGGAGAAUGGACCAUUCUUGUGGCAGCCGGGCACGGAGAUCCCGGUGCGAAACCCUUUUGCCUGGUCUAAACUGACGAACAUGGUGUGGAUUGACCAACCUGCGGGAACUGGCUUCUCUCCCGGUCCGCCCACCGUCAAGGAUGAGGUCGAUGUUGCAAACCAAUUCAGUGACUUUUGGAAGAGAUUCAUGGACACCUUUGAUCUCCACCACAGCAACGUAUACCUUGCCGGAGAGAGCUAUGCUGGCCAAUACAUUCCUUACAUUGCUAGCGAAAUGCUGGACAGAAAGGAUUCCGAAUUCUUCAACGUCCAAGGUAUCACUAUCAUUGACCCAUCUAUUGGCGCUACCGAAGUGAUCAUCGAUGCCCCAUCCGUUCCAGCAAUGCACCGCUUCAACAACGUUCUUGACUUAAAUGAAACAUUUGUUAACGACAUUACCGAGAAAUGGGAGAGCUGCGGAUACAAAGAGUUUAUGGAUAAUGCACUGAAAUUCCCCCCAGCUGGCCCACUGACCAUUCCUGGAAAGACUGCCGGCUGUGAUGUCUGGGAUGAAAUAAUCACCGCCGUGAAGAGGAUUAACCCAUGCUUCAACAUCUAUCACCUCAAGGAUAACUGCCCAAGCCCGUCUAAUCCCAUGGACGGACCAAAUAACUUCUUUAACAACAAGCAGAUCCAGGAAGCCCUUCAUGCCCACCCAACUGACUACCGUCUCUGCGGAGAAUCCCCAAUCUUCGGCCCUCACCGCAACGAUAGGUCUGUUCCUAGCACAUUUGGCCCUCUUGCCAGCGUUAUUGAGAGAACGAACAACACCAUUAUCGCCCACGGCGACCUUGACUUCCUUCUUUUCGUGGAAGGCAGUUUGGCUUCUAUCCAAAACAUGACUUGGGGUGGCCUCCAGGGCUUCCAGAAAGAACCAUCUGACAAGUUCUACGUUCCAUACAAGGAUGAAACCCGUACUGGUGGAGCUGGAUAUGUUGGAAAGACACAUCGUGAGCGUGGCCUUACAUGGGCCACCGUUGAUCUCGCUGGACAUGAAAUCCCACAAUACGCUCCUACUGCUGGAUACCGUCUCCUUGAAUACAUGCUUGGAAGAGUCAACAGCUUGACUGAAACCCACUAG